ACUGACAUGUCGUUCAUCACAGCAUUUCGGGAACGAGUUUUCAUUGCAUCUGGAGACUUGAUCCGUACGUUCAGAAUCAGCGAAGAAACUGAAUUGAAGAACUUCAUUAGUUGGUCAAAAAUCAACCCGGAACGGAUUCAAAAGCCUUCCUUCGAUAUUGAAAAAGAAUUGAAAGCUGUUGAGAAAAGAGUGAUUCUGUGUCUCGCUCAUUCCAAUGUCUUGACCACUCAUGGCCGGCGACUUGUUGCAGUUGGAACAAACGAGAAACAAAUCCACGUCUUCGAGUAUUUCGUUAAUGACAAAGGAGAUAUCGUCACAGCGGAACACAUUGUUACCUCUGUCGUUCCAAAAGCUCCAACAGCAAUUGUUUUCGAUAAAGAAGAUGCUUAUGUGGUUGUUGGCGAUCGUGCUGGAGACGUUCACAGAUUUUCGGUUCUAAAUGGAAGUGCUAUUGAAAUGGCUGGAGCUAUCUCUAUGAUUCUUGAUGUUGCAUUCAGUCCUGAUGGAAAGAGACUGCUGAUGGCGGAUAGAGAUGAAAAAGUCCGAGCGCUUAGAUACCCAGCGUGUUCUCAGACCUCUGUCAUUGACUCAUUCUUCCUUGGUCACACCGAGUAUGUCAAAACAUUGGCGGUGCAGGAUAAUGACUCACUAUGGAGUUCUGGAGGAGACAAGAACCUAUAUAACUGGAGCAUCGCAAAAUGUUCAGCUCCUCGUAGAACGCUUGAUCUGUCCCAGUUUGACGCUCCCAUUCGCAAGAUUUCAAUCAAUUUGCAGCACAAGAAAAUCGCUGUCAUUUUCGAGAAAAUUGAGACUGUCGUGAUUGUUGAUCUCAACCAAGAAUCAUUGCAAACCACUUCUGUAUCAAUCGUGGGCGAAUCGCAAUGUCUCGAUAUUGCUUCUACGAAAGACUACUUCGCUGUCCUCGGAAGAUCUACAGUACACCUCAUCGAUCUCAACAAUAUGGAACAAAAGUUUGUACCGAUUGAUGAAGAAUUGACGAUCACACUGACUUCUACCAAUGAUGCAAUUGAUAAUCUCUUCAAAAAUGUUACUCACAAUAACCAGCAAGAGUAUGAGAAACGGAAGGCCGAUAAGUUUGAGCAAAUCGAGAAAAAGAAGAGAAGACUCAAUGAAGACAUUAACGGCGACGAUGGUGAAGGCCCAGGACCAUCAAACUCAUAAGCAUCUAUACUUGCCACACUUUCCACUUUGAAAACAAGCAAUCACGUUCCAUUUCCAGAAUACUCAUUAUAUUUUUUUGUUUAUUUUAAUUGUUAUCUUUGUUGACUGAUUCUCUCCCCCGUUGUUUCUAUAAUUUUUCCGAUUCGAUUCCCAUCACACCACCACUUCCGAUGCUUCUUUCUAUUUCUUUUUUGACACUCAUCUCUAUCAUUUCUAACGGUUUCAUUAAUUCAUAGUUCCGAGUUGGAAGAAUACAAGCUUAAGUAU